AUGGUCCAGUACGUCUUCACCCCCUGGCGCAACCGCGCCGAACUCCUCACCGUACGCGCCCAGUUCUACCCUCAGCAUAACGCGCAGCAGUCCCAGCUACAAUCACCACAGCGCCAACAACAACCUGCAAAAGGACGGCAAGGAAAUGGGGGGGAAGAAGGAGGAAGCAGGGACGGAAAACGCCACGCCGUCGCACGCGUGUCAAUGUGGAUGCAGCGCGGCGGGUGUCCGCAUAUGGUUGAGUCGACGGCGUUGUUGGUUGCGGCGGGGUUGAGUGAUGAGGGGGUUGGGGGCGGGUAUGAAAGGAGGGAUGGGAGGAGGAGGAAGAGGGGGGAUCGUGGUGGUGAUGGUGGAUGGCAUGGGGGUGAGGAUGAUGGGCUGGCGAGGGCUUCGGGGGGGUAUGCAGUGCGCGCGGCAUACUCGGCUGCUUUUAGUCGCUUCGUAACAGGCCUCCUAGACUCCCACCAAGACAAGCAACGCAAGAUGUCCAUGUACGACGUCGCCAAGAGUGUCGGACUGCCGGCGACGUUUGUUGAGCUCCGCCACCAGGCGACGCACGAGCAGCUGCCGUCGUUGACUCGGCUGCGUGCGGCCGCGGCGAAAGCGCUGGAGUGGAUUUGGGAGUAUUAUUGGAGGGGGUUGGAGGGGGAAGUGAGGGUGGAAUCGGCAGAACCGCUGAAGGUAGCGUCUUCUGCGGCGAUUGGGGUUGCGGUGGUGGUUAGUGGAGAGGCGGAGGCGGAAGGGGUGAGUGUGGAAAGGGUUGGCGAUGAAGGGGGGGAAGAGAUGGGGGAGGAUGAGGAAGGGGUGAGGGGGGUGGUGAAGGGGUAUCUUGAAGGGGAUGAUGGUCUAAAGGAGGAGGUGUUGGGAUUUGAUGGGGAGCUGGUGCUGGCCGUGUUGGACACCAUUUCGGGGGCUACGAGGGACCCCAAAGUCCUGCGACGCACACUCACGUUGGAGAGGGAGAUUUUGGACCGAGCGCCGGAGGUUGGCCAAAUGGAGGUGGAUGAAGAGGGUGAGGGAGUUGGUGGGAUUUCAGACAAGGAUGAUGGGGUAGUCACGGCUGAAGAGACACGGGAGAAAGCGGAUGAGACGGGGCCAGAAAGAACGGAGAGCGAGGGAAAAGAGACUGAGCAUGUUCACCCUCAACACUGUUGCAAGGCGUCUUUUUCAGCCCAGACUCACUUCUUUUGCCUCUGCUGGGUGGGGAAAAGCGACAACUACGCCUACCUAGUAGUUGACGACAAGUCCAAGGAAGCCGUGAUCAUCGACCCGGCUCAUCCGGCGGAUCACUGGGACCACGCCGGCGGAAACGAGGAACUCCUCACCGAGCUCGACCAGCAGCAGCUCCCCAUCAUCGGCGGCAAGGACUGCAAGAAAGUGACGCGGACGCCGCAGCACAACGAGAGCUUCAACAUUGGCAGCAUUGCUGUCAAGGCCCUGCAUACGCCGUGCCACACCCAGGAUAGCAUCUGUUUUUUUAUGCAGGACGGUGACGACAAGGUGGUGUUUACGGGUGAUACGCUGUUUCAUGGUGGUGGGUUCUUCGAAGGUAACGGCGAGGAGAUGCACAAGGCGCUGAAUGAGGUUUUGGGGUCGCUGCCGGAUGACACGCGCGUUUUUCCCGGCCACGAGUACACCGGAUCCAACGCCAAGUUCGGCCUCUCGGUCCUCCCCAGCGGGCCGGUCAAGGCCUUGGAGGCGUUUGCCAAAGAGAACAAGGAGACGCAGGGCAAGUUUACCAUUGCUGACGAGAAGGCGCACAAUGUGUUCAUGCGGCCUCAGGUAAGAAGCACCCAGAGUUGGUCGGUGGACCCCGAGAUUCAGAAAGCCACCGGCGAGACGGACCCGAUUGCUAUCAUGACCAAGCUGCGCGAGCUGAAGAAUAACUUUAAGUGA